UUGCGUCUCUCAUUCCAUCCGUUUGAACGAACAACCUUUUGCGGGAAUACAUGAUGGAGAUAGUAAGAAAACUGCUGGAUAAACAUUCCCUUACAGAAUGCGAUUAUCCAAUUAUUCCCGAAUUAUUCCUGCAUUUUCUCCGCGUUUUCGGCUUAUUUCCGAGGAAAACGCAGCACGAUGCUGACCAUUGUGUAAAACGUUUGGUAAUCCGCUACAAAUGGCAUAUCUGGUCGAUACUCCUCGGCACCGGUUUGACGGCUAUAACAAUACUGCAAAUUGUCCAGUACUGCCGGAAAUUCGCCGAUCCCUUACACGAUCUGGAAUUCUUCACCCUGAUCGCCUUCGCCUAUCGCCUGGUGAUUAUGUCGCAAGCCGGUUUCGCUAUUGUCGCCAUGCUGCUGGUUAACUGCCGCCUCACUGCGCUGAUUCGUCGUUCCGAUGCUUUUAUGAAGGUGCACCUAUCAAAACAACAUUUAUCGCGAUUACGCCGCUUCUCCAUCGCGGUCAUUCUGUGGACGCUGUUAUCCGUGGUAACCGGCAUCAUUACCAAGAGUAUCCGUACUGCCGCGAUAGCCGAAACCCAAUCCACGGACUGGCACACAAAACUCGGGUAUUUCAUGAAUUUCUUCCACCUACCACGCUUUCUCCACGUGGGCGUAUAUGCUUUCGGGGCGCUAAUGAACAGCUCUGGAGAAUAUUUUCCCUCGGUUCUCUUAAUGAUCUUAUCACUGCACUACGGCGCCGUGUUCGAUCAACUGGCGCAGCGGUUAGCGGAGGUCGAAAAGGUCACGGCUGACAGUCUCAAGGAGACGUUUCGGACGUACGCGACCACGGUGAAAUUGGUGGAGAUCGCCGGGCGCCUGUUCGGGCCGCUUCUGCUGAUGGUGUGCUUUCGCGAUAUGAUGACGUGGGCGGCGCUGAGUGGGACGCUGCUGCAGGUGGAGAAACGGAAUUACUCCCUCAGCGCAGGAAAUUUAACGGUGAGGGCCGCUGGGAAUGGACCGGGUCAUGGGCGCAAUCUGGAGGUGAUUGUUAUGGUUGUGGCGAUAGGAGCGAUGGUUAAUGGGCUUUUGCGGAUACUCAUCUUCUGCUCCGUACAUAAUAAGGCGCAGAAAGUCCGAAAUGCACUGCAGUGCGUGGCAUUAACCAGCACCGAUGACAGUGUAUCCACAGAAUGCCAGAAAAUAUCUGCAUAUCUGAAGGUCAGCGAUGGAGCUUUCUCGGUGUGCGGAUUGUUCGUUCUUACCAAAGAUUACGUGGUGGCGUUUGGUGGUCUGGCCAUCACCUAUUUUGUCUUCAUCUAUCAGACGCGCGACUCACGAAAGGAUAUGGAAGAAGUUAAAGAAAUCCUGCACACUCACGGCAAUCUGAUCAGGAGACUAACAAACGGUGACGUUGUCGAUCAACACCGCGCUUUAUAGUAUUUUUACAACUUUGUAGCAUCUUCGACACUUUCAAAAUGCGAGCAGCAAU